AUGGCGGAUGAUUUAUCUCAGGUUUCAUCACCCGAAUCUGGAGAGGCUGUACCUACUCGUAGACGCAUUAUCCAGCUCAAGUCGUCAUCGUCGUCCAAUGCUAGUCGCAACUCCAUGGACCACCAAUCGCUCAAGACUGCACGUCCUUCGGUCUACUGCAAUCAGAAUCAACAAUGGCAUGCUCAAUCUUCAUCUCACAGUCGUUUUUCUCGGUCUUGUACUAAUAACAGUGGAGGAGGACGUGGUAGCUACCUUAAACGUCAACAGAUGAGCUACGAAGGAGCAGAAUCUGAAGCUUCUAAUCAAAGAGGUCGAGAACUGACGCGAUCUAGAGGACGCUCAGUUUCUCGCUUGCCCUCUCCACGUUCGCCUAGGUCCCCGCCACGCUCUCGCUCACGGUCUCGCUCCAGGUCUUUUUCACCUCGAGGUCACCGCACUUUUAUCAAAUGGGAACAAGAUAGACGCGGUGCAGGUAGUAGAAAUUACGUGUUUGGACAAGAAGGACGUGGGAAUAGCUUUGACAGUCGACAGCGUGGACGCGAGCGAGACACUUGGCCGAGAGGACGAGGUGGAAGAGGUGGACGCUACACUAAUUAUCAACGAGGCAACCGAUUUUACCCAAAGGAAGUGCGGUACAAAGCAGCGGAAAUGACUCCACAUUACAGGUCAAUGAGUCGGGACAGGGAGAGUGAUGACGGUAGUGCAUCAGCAGCACGCAGUUUCCGCGAUCGACAGAUGCAAGACCGAGGCCACGACCCAUGGGAUUAUAGUAAGCCAGGAUAUCGCGGACGGAUAAGAGAGCGCGAACUAAGUAGCAGAUCUUUGUCACUUGUACGUACGUCGAGCUUUGCGUCCGACAAUUACAGAGAAAGUGGAUCGUGCGCGAGUGCAGAGGAAGGCGAAGAAAAGCCGGACGAAAACCACGUUGCUAUUAGCGAGAGGUCUUUGGAAUCACAGACGCCAAGUGAAUCGGGCAGUAUAUCUUGGGAUAUCGCGAACGCUAUGGAGAGUAGCACAAAGCGAGUGCCUGUUUUGAGUAAGCCUGCGCUGCCACCUCGUCCUCUGGUUGACAGUUAUCGGCACUCACGAAUGGUUGAGGAGAGUGACGGAUACCGGUCUCCGAUCAACAAAAAGGAGAUUGCAAACAAAAACAUGUUGAAUAGUCCGGAAGUUAAAAAGCCUGAUGCCGACCAGGUUAAAAUUUCAGCUUCAUGUGCAGGAUCAGUGGAGACGGAUAAAAGAAGGAAGGAGAUGGAUCUUGAAGCGUUUCAUACCGCAUGUUGUGCGAAUGCAAUUGACAUUGAGAACGAUGAUCAAAGACGUUUGAAAGCACUGGGUGACGGGGUUGCAUUUGCCGCUCAAGCUACCCACAUCGCCAGCUCAAGUGAAGCUAAAGAAAUUGUUACAGCAGGAGACAGAGUUUUGCUUGAAAAGACGAUGAAUAUGCCAGAAACAGAUAAUGAUGGCAUCUGCAUUGCGACCAAAACAUUCUGCGAAGUCCACGAUGGAACCGAUUUAAUUUCAAGAACUGAGAUGGAGAUCAUUUCUACUCUAGGUUCAUCUAACGCUGUAAACGUGCCGAACGAUGUAAAGUUAUUACAAAAAGCUUGCGUGAAGUCUCCAGAAAAGCACGUUUUGAUGAAAGAGAAUACGGAAAAUGUGUCUUCUGUUCAUCAAGAAUUGUCUACUUUUUCUGGUCUUAAGCGUGGUAUCGACAGUGAGAUGAAUGAUUCGACUACAGGAGAUCCCACUACAUGUCAUAAUGAAAACUGGAAUCUGGAGAUCAAAGAGCAUUAUGAAGACGAGCUACAUAAAGCCAAAUGUGCGAAUGAUCAAUUUUCUAGAGCCACAAAAGAGGAUAUGGCUGACAUGGGCGCUGUAGUCGAUAGCUCAAGCAAUAUGGAAGAUGUGGAUCAGCCGCGUUUACGCAAACAGGUAGUUUCGCCAGCAGACAUUGAGAUGGAAAGCGUGGAUGCUGACGGUAAGAUGGGUACUGGUUUCAAUGGAGUUUCCGUUGUGAUUGAUAAACAACAGGUGCUGGAUCCAACCAAAUCAUCCAUCAUGUCAACUACGAAGCUUAAGGAAGUUAGAAUUUCUGAAAAUAGGGAGACUGAGAGGAGUAGGACAAUGGCACCGGCGGCUGGUUAUGACUCUGCAAAGAUUAGCACCACAAUUGCUCGUGGCAGCCUUUCCGACAUUAGUGACGUCUCGACAGUUGUCUCGCUUAGCAGUUUGAUGGAAAGAUGUCAGGGAGGGAAAGGUGCUGAAAAUGCCGUAAAAAUGAUUGCGUUGACCGAUACUGAACGUGGACGAGAAAAGCGUGCAAAAAUGGAACACAGCAUAACUGAGAUAUCUUUGGCAGUUUUAAAUGACCACAGUAAGCCUGGAUCUACUUCGUUUUCGUUGUUUGGCUUGCCAAAUAGUAGUCAGCGCGAAGAAAGUGCUCAUGAAGACGGCAAUGGUCUUAAUUGCGACGAUUCAGCGUCUUUCUUGACGCCGGUCCAUGCAGGAAUAGAAGAAACGAAUUUUAAACAGAGUGAUGUUCCGUCACUUUUGACCCGCAAACAUUCGCCGCAGCCUAGUGGAGGCCCUGCACUUGAUCGUACUUCAUCUUACGUGACGCUCCCGGAACAUUACUACCAUCCGUCGCUGAAGACUGGAAAGGAUUCUGAAAACGCCAGCGGUUGUACGACUUCUCGGCCAACGUCGUUGACCCUCAACUCCAAGCCAUCUUUAAAGCAGUACGUCUCUUCAAAUAGCACUGUAGAAGGCCGAAGAGAAGGUUUUUGUGAUGAUACUACGAAAGAAGAAGCGGUGAAAAGAGAAGUGCUUCUGACGGGGUUAGCAAACAGCAUAGGUGACCGACAAUCAUUAUCGAUAGGUGACCGACAAUCAUUAUCGAUAGGUGACCAAAUACAGGGCUUGAAACAGUUGCCUGCAGAAAACAAAUUGGGCGUAAAAGCGAGGGAGGAGUUGCCAUCUCUACCAAACAUCCCUCUUCCACGUGGUGGAGCUCGGGCGAUUUCUUCGCCUAUGGAUUUGGGAGAAGGAACGCCGACGAAGCGGCACCGUCCACGGUUAGGUUGGGGGCAAGGUCUUGUUGCACCUUCACCACCAGAGCCUGCAAAGCGGCCACGUAUUGGAUGGGGCCAGGGCUUAGUGCAGCAAAAGGGUGACAAGUCCAAGAACGCUGCAAGUGCAGUUUUGGACGAAGAUGAUACAUCUGUUCGCGACGAUAAUGCGAAGGUUGGGCAAACGAAUGCUACAUUCCAAGAUGAUGAAUACUCAUCAAUAAAAGCUGAAGCAGUAGAGACUGAUCCCGCCAUCAAUGGUGAUUCUUAUCAGGAGGCGGGUGUUGUCGAUGAGCUAAAUCAAGAAAGUUCAACACCUAAAAACGUGAAGCCAGUUACGGCCGAUGAGUCUGCUGUGACAGUAGUAAAUGAAGCAGGAAGUAUUGACCAUGCAAAGUCGGUGAAGGGUAGCGUUACCGGGAACGAUAAUGUUGCUUCUGCAAAGCCUUCAAAAGAAAAAGUUCUUUCUACUAUCGACAUUUUGGACUCGGACAUUGCAGGUGUGAAGAAACAGAUCGAGGCGCUGCAGAAAACGAUUGCUAAUGCAGAGGGAAAGCAGAAGUCAACUGGCGUGUCAGCCAAUACUGAGGUUGUGGUGGCGGGUAAACCUGCUGAUACGGUUGCCUCGCCAAAACUGGAUGGCACAACACCUGGGGUAACGAAGAAAGAUUCAGUCUUGCCUACAGAUGUUUUGUCUGCUUUACGCUUCUCCAUGUCUCCCGUGAAAGUAGCGGUGGAUUCGAAAUUUGUAGAGCUGCUGGCAGGCGUGUUCUCGGAAAAUUUACGCAAAAGAACCGCUGCAAACGAACAGCUUCCGUCGCGAACCGAGAAAGGUCGCAUAGCGACAAAAAUAUAUCAUCAGCCUAGUGACUACCCGUUUUACCAGGAGAAUAUUGAUCGUGGAUCAGCGCUUUCUAAUCAAGUGCGCUUGAGAGUGCGAAUGCGAAAUCGUGCUCGGCAUAAAUACUUGAAGAAACUGGCACGGGAAUACAUAGAUCUGAAGAAGUCUUGGAAGGUGGGAAUAAAGAAAAUUGAGAAGGAUCGAAAACGCCACGGGAAACUGCGCCUGAAGCAGUUGCAUAAAGAAAAGUUGGAACAUAUGGAAGAAAGUGGACCUAUCCGGACAACAAAUACAAUUCAUCAAAGCCCUCACGUCCAACAACUGGUCGCAGCUGAGAAGGCAGCUGAAGCUGCUGGCGAAAGCACAACUGUGCGAACUUCGUCUCGGUUAACGAACAAUUCUUGUGCUGACUUGGAAAACAACGACUUAGAGACGAUCGAGCACGCUAUGGCACAGGCUCUCAUUGACCAGGAUAUUCGGAAGAAACGAUUGAAAAACGCGUUAUCAACUCUAAUUCCAGACAUGUUGAUGACAAGCGAAGAUCGACAAGAGCGUUGCUUCACAAGACUUGUUAAUUGUCAAAGCAGUAUGGCCGAUGGGAUAGUGACGGACUGGAAACUGAAGGAAAAAGCAGAGAUGAAAGUGAACCCAUGGAACGACUUGGAGAAGUGCAUAUACAUGGACAAGUUUCUGCAAUACCCGAAAAACUUUCCGCAAAUAUCAUCGUUCUUGAGCAACAAGUCUACCGGAGAUGUAGUCGCAUUCUAUUAUCGAACUAAAAAGGUGGCCGAUUAUAAAGCGCUGCUCCGAGAGCAGCAAUUAAGGCGCCGUGGAGCAGGAUCGAAGAAUACGUGGAGUUGCUGGAACCUUUCUGCGUGCGCAGCAAUUUGUCUUGGUGUUCAGUUCCCAGAGCACGUUGCAAAGCUGUUAUUGCAUUCCUCAAAUUUCCGCUCUCACCAAGCCUCUGAUAAUAUUCUUAAUUCAGCGGGUGCUCGGCGUCUUUUGCGCGAUUCUGCAGCAAAGGUAGAGGAGACUCGUACAACAACUAACAGCAACAGCUUAAGAAGCACUAAUGCUUCUGCUGAAGUUUUGUCUGCGUUGGAUUUGGUAUCUGGGACAAACCACACGUCAUCGGCCCGGUUGUUAGUGGAAGAACAGCUGAACGAUAUUGUUUAUUCGGGAAAAUCCGAUACUUCGGACGAAGAGAAAUUUAGCUUGUAUACCCAGCAGCUGGAAAAAUUCAUAGCAGGACAGCAACGGCCAUUCCUAGUAGAUUACACGUCGCUACUUACUGACAACUCGUACAGCACGGGUUACGAAGUCUCAACCCUAUCUGUAGAGGAACGGUUGAAGAAGUAUCCGCACCCGAGCAAGGAGUUAGAGUCUGGUGUAGGUGUGGUGGUGGGAAUUGGCUCUGCUAACACGUACCAAGAAGCUACGAAGGGCAAGCAACAGAGUUUGGCAGCCGGGCCACAAGUGACCCUGAAGAAUGGUGGUACUAAUAUAACGACAAAGGAAUUGAAACAGCAGCGAAAAAUGAAAAAGACGCAGGAGGGAGCUGCUGAGGUGACGACUGGAACAACUGCGCUUUCUUCUUCGCACGCUGUUGGAGGUGCAGGUGGAGAGAAAGCCGGAAGCCACAAGAAGAAAAAUGCUACAAGUAUUUUGUCAGUGCCAAGUUGUUUGACGAACAAUCGUGGCACCCCUCGUAUUACAAUUCCAGGAGAAGAAAAGUUUGGUCAAAGUGGCAAGAAAUCGAGUCGAAGUGGAGGCAGUACUCCAGGUAAACGAAAAAAAGUGUCUGGCGGUAGUACGACGUUUCAUACGAAUGCACAAAUCUCGUCGCCAUCAUCGAAUGCUGCAAAUGGCGGGAAAAACGCCAACACAGCAGCUCCAGCGAAGCGCGUGGUGCAGAAGUGGACUGAAGGAGAAAAGGCAGAUUUUUUGAAAUAUUUUUCGCAAUAUGGGAAAGAUUGGACGACACUUACUGAAAACAUUCCUUCAAAGACCGCCGCUCAGAUCAAAAAUUAUUAUCAAAACUACAAGAAUCGGCUGAAUCUGCAAGAUAUUUUGAAGCGCCGGAUUGAGAACGCGGCUUCCAGUGGAGGCGGAGGUGGUAAAGGUGUAUCACAUGCAGUGUCUACAUCAGCAGCGGCGAGUAACAAUAGUAUUGCAUCACCUCGGUCCGCCGCCGCUGGUUUAAUGAACGGGACGUUGCGACAGAUGGGCCACCCAGCUGAUCUCCCCGGAGCUCUCUCAGUGGGAAUGCCGGGUGGAUCAAUGACAAUGAACGCAAGUGAUGUGAGCAUGUCAUUUCAAGCUGCUUUAAGCGCAGCUCAGCCAGGGAUACACGGCGACCAGUUUGGUAUACAGGGUCAUCAGGACCAACAGCAGCAGUCUCGUGAAAUGAUGAACCCGGCAUCCAACUCGGAGCGUUAUUUGAAGCUGCUGAAUAUGCAACAUCAAUUGCAGAUGAUGCAAUUCCAGCAACAGCAGAAAUCGCAAGGAAUGGUGUCAGAAAGUGGGGGUAUGGAAAGUAACAAUGCAUAUCAUGAAAGUCAAAUGCAAACAGCAAAUGCGCAGCGGCUGUAUCAAUUUUCUCGUCAGCAACAGCAUCAAGUUUCUCCACAGCACUUAUCGAUGCAAGCGCUGCAGCAAUUGGGACUGCAGGCUCACCCGCAAAACCAGGCGCACAGUCGAAUGAUGCAACUUUCGAUGCAACAGCAACAUCAGAUGGGGCAUCAGAAUACUUUGUAUCAGUCCAUAGGACAUUUGCAAGCUCAGCACCCUCAAACGAUAGUUUUAGGAGCGCAAAUGAACAUGUCUCCAACAAGCGCCCAACAGUACGACAGAGUAGUAGAUUACAGCAUAAGUGCAGCGGUGGAUGGAGGUGAAUUGGCAAGGGGUAAUGCUGAGAGCUCGUCGGUCAUGAUAGGACAUCAUGAUGCUGCUCAACGUUCGUUGAUGAAUAUUGCCAUGAUGAAGAAUGUAAUUGGGGGGAAUAGUAGUGCAAUGCUUACAGGUGCUACCUCCAGUAGCCCACGCCAGCCGAUGGUUCAGUCUUGCUCAAUGGCUAUGGAAACAAGCAGACCACAGGAAAUGGAGCCACAACCAUCUGCGUGGCACUCAGCUCUGGCGUCGUCUCCUAGUGCGGAAUUUAAAAGUGAAGACAUCUUGGCCAGCCCUGCUUCAUGUAUACUACAAGACAAUGCACUGAAUGGCGGAGAAGCAUCUGCACCACCAGUACCGAUUCCAGCACAGCCUGUUCGUAGCCGGAUGUCGUUUUCAUCCAUUUUAAACGAGUCUGAGUCGCCGCGGGAUGACGCCACUCCUCGAGGGAACGGGUCCAUGAUGAUUCGACAGCAAGAAUCACCUCGCAUGUCUGUACAACAGCACCGACAACAGCGAGACCAGCAGCAACAACGUGAGCAACAUCAACGACGUCAGCCACCACUUCAUUUGGAUCAUGCACGCACGAUAGCAUCUUCUGCUGACUUAGCUCGAUCUCCAAGUUCUGCUCCAAGUCCGACUGCUCACCUUUUGCCAAGAAGAUCUACCAUAUCAACUGCGCACAAUCGGAUGGGCUUGAUGUCGAGCCUUUUGAAUGUGCCAUCAUCACCUGAGCGCAGGAUGUUAACACCUGGACACCUACAUCAACAGAAAGCACUGCAUCAUCAGACGCAGUCAGCUCACUACUACGAUGCAAGCAGUGCAGAUACUGCAGGGACAGGGUCGCGUGGCGCAAUUGUGUCGAUGGUAAGCGGUUUGCCGGCGUCAUCAACGGUGUCAUCUACGGUAGCACAUACAAAUUCAAGUGAGAAAAUGACUUCGAGGGCAUCAUGUAGGGGGGAUACAUCGUACUCAAAUAACGUAUCGGCCGUGGUACUGUCACGUAGUGGCUCAGCGUCUUCCUCUUCGUCCGUGACUUCAAACGCACCACCCGCCCAACAACAGAUGUGGAACUACGCACCGCAAAUUCGCUUCGAAGAAGCUGAGUUGCUGCGGCGAGCUCAACGCGCGGAGGAAGAGGCUACUCGAGCAGCAGCUGCCGCCGCUGCUGCAGCUCGUGCGCUACAAGAAGCACAGCAAGCACGGCAGCAAGCUUUGGACAUGGCAGCUAGUAUGGCUCGGUACAACAGUGCUAUUCAACAGCAGCAAGCUCAGCCGCAAGCUCAGCAGCAGCAAACCCAACAGCAGCAAACCCAGCAGCAACAAGCGCAACAGCUGCAAGCUCAACAGCAACAAGCUCAACAGCUGCAAGCUCAACAGCAGCAAGCUCAACAGCAGCAAGCUCAACAGCAGCAAGCUCAACAGCAGCAAGCUCAACAGCAGCAAGCUCAACAGCAGCAACAAGCCCAACAACAGCAACAAGCUUACCAGCAGCAGUAUCAGCAACUUCAGCAGCAUCAGCUUCAAGCGCAUCACCACCAGCAAAUACAGCACCAACAUCAGCACCACCAUGAGUACCAGCAGCAGCACCAAGUCCCGCAGCAGCACCAAGUCCAGCAGCUUCACCAGCAGCAACUGCAGCAGCACCAAGCACUCCAUCACCACUUGCAGCUCAUGCAACAGCAGCAGCAACGAUCUGCUGUGCCUCCCAGCGAGCGUAUCCUCCAGCAGCAGUUGCAUCAACAGCAUCAGCAACAGCCUCCUCAACGGGGCCCACAGCCGGAUCGGUGA